AUGAGUCUCACCUUUUCAUCAUUCUUUCAUUUAUUGCAUUCACAUUUUUUUCUUUUAUUUUCUCAAUAUUCCUUUUUUUUUUUCCUCUUUUUUUCCUGUCUUUUUUUUUUUUUGCUUUUUUAUUCCCUUUUUCUCCUCUUUUCCUGUUUUUUUCCCUUUCGUUCUCCCCUCUGUCUUUUUUUUUGUUCUUUUUUUUCCUUCCUCUUUUUCCCUCUUUCUCUUUUUUCCCCCUCUCGUUCUCUUUUUCUCGUUCUCUUUUCCCUCUCGUUCUCUUUUUCCCUCUCGUUCUCUUUCCUUUUCCCUCUCGUUCUCUUUUUCCCUCUCGUUCUCUUUUUCCCUCUCGUUCUCUUUUUCCCUCUCGUUCUCUUUUUUCCCUUUUUCUCUUUUCCCUUGUUCUCUCUCCUUUUCUCGUUCUCUCUCCUUUUCCCUCUCGUUCUCUCUUUUUCCCUCUCGUUCUCGUUUUUUUUCCUCUUUUUCUCCUUUUCCUUUUUCUCUCCUUUUUCCCUCUCGUUCUCUCCUUUUCCCUCUCUUUCUCUCCCUUUUCCCUCUCCUUUUUCCUCUCGUUCUCUCUCCUUUUCCCUCUCGUUCUCUCUCUUUUUCCCUCUCGUUCUCUCUCUUUUUCCCUCUCGUUCUCUCUCUUUUUCCCUCUCGUUCUCUCUCUUUUUCCCUCUCGUUCUCUCUCUUUUUCCCUCUCGUUCUCUCUUUUUCCCUCUCCCUCUCGUUCUCUCUCCUUUUCCCUCUCGUUCUCUCUCCUUUUCCCUCUCGUUCUCUCUCCUUUUCCCUCUCGUUCUCUCUCCUUUUCCCUCUCGUUCUCUCUCCUUUUCCCUCUCGUUCUCUUUUUUCCCUCUCGUUCUCUUUUUUUCCUCUCGUUCUCUUUUUUUUCCCUCUCGUUCUCUCUCUUUUCUCGUUCUCUCUUUUCCCUCUCGUUCUCCCUUCUCUUUUUUCUCUCUCCUUUUCCCUCUCGUUCUCUUUCCCUCUCUUUUUUAUUCCCUCUCUUUUUCCCUCUCUCUCCACGAAUUUAUCAGCAUAUAUCACAUUUUAUUGUAG